AUUAGAUUAGAGUAUAACGCAUUCUAUCACACCAUGGCUGGAGAUAAGACAGGAUUCAAUGAUCCAAUUCAUGGCUACAUGGAAUUUGAUCCUCUAUUGGUCGCCAUCAUUCACACUCCGUGUUUCCAAAGAAUGAAAGACAUCAAGCAGCUGGGAGCUUCGUACUGGGUCUUCCCCGGAGCUUCGCACAAUCGCUUUGAACACUCUCUUGGCACUGCGCACCUCGCUGGAAUGAUGAUUGAAAGGUUGAAAGAUGUGCACAAAGAUACGGAUUAUAUUACAGACGAGGACGUCUUGUGUGUUAAAAUUGCUGCCCUCUGUCAU